CUGUAGCUAUUAUGGGUGGAGCGAUAUCCUCAUGAGUCAUGGCUUAAUGGCAGCAAUAGCAGCAUAAUAGGCGGUCUCUUUGAUUCUUUUUUUUUUUUAAAAACAAUUUUUUUUUUGCCCAUGCACAUGAAUAGAUCCGCCCCUGUGUCUAAGUGGACAUUGCCUUGAGAUCAAUAUACGUUAGAUAUAUCGAGUCUAAGUAUAUGUAUAACCAUGCUUUAUGAAAGUGGUACUCAUGAAAUCACGAGUCAUAAGCUAGUGUUUUAUGAACUAUUGUUUUCGUAAUCGUACCAUGAGAUUAAAUCCCUACUACACAUUGUAUAAAAUGUGAAAUACCUUUGCUCGUCCUAUUGAAUUUACAAGGGGCAAAUUAGGAACGAAAUAAAAAAAACAAAAAAGGAAAAAACAAAAGGAAAUUCAUUUCGCAACUAUUUUCGAAGCUACGAAAAUCAACUCGAAAGUGAGAAACAUUCACCAUCAUCUUCUUCUUCAAGUGAAAUCUUCUGCAACAAUCAAUUUCAUCCGCCAUUGAAGAGAGAGAAACAAAGCUCUAAGCUAAGAGAGAAAGUGUGAUGGCAAGUACUGGAAGAGAAGCAAGACGACGUCGUAUUUUACAAGGAGGACAAGAUCGUCUAGCUCUUAUCACAGGUCGUAAACCUAGUCUUUCAUCUGAUGCCAACGAUUCCGAUUCAUCCCAACUGUAUGUUCCUCAACAACAGUAUCAUCAAGAUCUCAAAUCAGUUCUUCCUUCUGAUCAACCUUCAGUCUCUCGAACUGAGGAAGACAAACCCUCAUGCUUUAUGCAUGAUCAAUCUUCAAACAUCAAUCAGGAUGAUGCAUUAGGUGGUCGAAGCAAAGAAGAACCCUUGUUAAGAAAAUCUGAGCCAGUAACUGAACCCCUAAGAGCAACCGCAUCAGAAGAUAGCAGCAAAAGAGAAGCUUCUUCCGGAGUUCAGAAAUUUAUUGAUGCAGCACUAGGGGUCGCUCAACAGAUCCCCAUUAGUAAUGUAACAUCACAGCAAGUAAGUGCGGCUGUAGCAGAGACUGAGCAUGAUAGAUUGUUGUGUUCUCUAACAAUAGCAAUCUUAGUUGUCCUGUCAUCCGCUGGAUUUCCAAUAGUGGGCAGCAAGGUAUUUAGGGGUAUCUUGUUAUUUCGACCACUCUUUCUCGUUUUGAUAACCAAUAUAACACUUAUCGUCCGGAGACUACUACCUGAUAAUCGGAAGAAUGUGUUACGAGGUGAUAAAGAUAGAACAUCACUUUUAGGUGAUGGGUAUGCUUGGGCUGAAGAUGCUGGGAGGGCGUUAGAGCUGGGAUUGACGCUAAAGAACCUCUCGGGUUCACUAUUCAUGGAUUGCAGUGUAUAUGCUACGAUUGUUGUAUUUGGCCUUUCUCUGUUUGGCUGAAAGCCACAUCUCUAGUUUUUCUAGGCUAAAAAAUUUCUCCAACUGUAACGUACUCAACUUUAGUCAUGUUAUGCAAUUUUCUACUUUAGUAACUUUCGUUGCAAAUUUCAUGUAUGCGCUAUAGUUUUUUGCAGCUUUAGAUUAAAGUUUUGCAACUGAGAGUUGUACACAGCA